AUGGCUCCUCAGUCAGCAAUGCAUUCCAUGUCGGUCAAUCUAGGAGCUCCAAAUGAGCAGAUAUUCAUCGGCGAGUCGGAGAAUGAUGAUCCAACGAAAGACGUGAUUACAAGAGGCAUUAUCACCGAGGAGCAAGCUCGCGGCAUCUAUGAGAGAUUCAUGAAUGGAAGCAAGAAUUUCCUGCCUCUCUUCGACCCUGUGAGGGACACCUAUGACUCCAUCCGAUCUCGGUCAUUGUUCUGCUUCACUGUCAUUAUCUACCUCGCUAGUCGAGCUGUUCCUGAGCUUCGCAGCAACAACCAUUUGCAGCGGGUCCUACAAGAUGAAGCACAAAAGCUAGCCGAAGACAGCUUCUUUGAACGACCAACCAAGCUCGAGACUGUCCAAGGAAUGAUCCUUCUGGCGGCAUAUUCAGAGAAAUCUUGGUUCUCCACGGCUCUCAUUCUCCGGACAGCAUUGGAUUCGGGGCUUGAGAAAUCUCUGGAUACUCUUUUGGCGCAGACAAACACGCCCCGGAGUUACCUAUCUGCCACAAUGGAAGAUCGGAUCCUGGUGUGGCAAACACGAACGUGGCUAAUCACGUACACUACUGAGCUUGAUAUAGCUGCGGGGACGGGCAGAAAAUCGCGAGUCAAUGAGCUUGAUGUAGCUAAGCUCCGCAAGUAUCUCGACUAUCCUCUCUCACUGCCCAGCGAUAUGCGUACAGUCAGUGUCAUCGAAAUCCAUCAACUACGAGCUCGAGCACGACGAACUAUAGACAGUACCACCGCGGGGCAGUUGCUGUCCACCGAAUUGCCCGCAAUCAUGGCCCGAUUAGAGGAGUGGUGGAAAACUUGGGACGGAAUACAUGAUCAAAAUGGCUUCCACGCUGGAGCGUUUCAGCGGUCUAGCUUGAAAUAUAUGCUCAAUUAUGCUCGGGUCUAUGUCCUCUGUGCCACCAUCGCUCGCAUCCAGAAACGGCCGUCGUCGGAAGUUCUCCCAGAUCCGGAGUCGGACGCUGUGCUAGGGCUCUGGAAGUCACUGGUCGAGAUCAUUAUGGGCCAAAUGGCAUUGUUGGUCAAUGAGACUGCUUACCGGUGCCAGCUCACCUGGGCUCCGACGUAUCCGGCGCUCACUAUAGCCUUUAUCACAACAUUCGCUGUUCGAGUGGCACGGUGGCAUCCGGCUUUGAUCGAUCAAAGCUUGGUCUUGCAAAGGGCGCAGCAAAUCAGCGAGAUUCUCAAGCUGCCGCCUUAUCCGGAUAUCCAUCGCACCGUGUCCAUAUUCUCCAACUAUGCAAGUGCGCUUUUUGCAGAAAGAAGUUCCACGACUAAUCAAGGCACUGCAACGUCAAAUACUGCAGGAUCCUCGAUGCAACCAAGGCAGGGUGCAGACAAUCCGAGGUCCGACUCUGGCCUGUUUGAUAUGUCGCAUGACCAGGCGCAGGAGCAGUCGCUGCAGAGAGAUGCACAGACUCACGGAGACUCAUUGUCAGAUGAGGGACGAACCGGGGAAGCUCGACCGGAUCCUGCACUACCACGCCUUCUGGGGGAGAUGAAUAUACCCAACUGGACUCUGUCAACGUCUAUAGCCGACUCGUUCGAUCUGUUCGAGGAAGGGCAGUCGGAUGUGUUUGACUUUUUGCCUUCGAUGCCUUCCAUAUCCUAG